GGAACUAACUUGGACUCGACCAUUUUGGCGAGUAGCGUUCUUAAAAUUAUAAUAUAAAGAGUAAUAACUUGCAUACAAGUAUAUACUCUCUGGGUAUAUAAUAAUAAUAAUAAUAAUACAAAACUAAAACAAUUAAAAACAAAUUCAUUGUAAUGAUUGAAAACUAAACUACAUGGAAAUAAUAAAACGGCAGUUGCCUUUCAUUUGUGGCAGUUUAAAAAUUUGAAAAGCGCAACACCCUUUUUCCGCCGGCUGGUUUGCUGAGAGUCGGUUUGGCGCGGGGAUUAAAUAAAGAUUUUUCUAUUGGUAUUCUACAUAAAGUUAUUUAAGUAGCACCAGGACAAGGAAACUUGAUCGCUCCAUGGCUUGCAUCGCUCACUCCAGUGUUCCUGACCAGCUGGAGAAGACUCUUAAACAGGUGCGGAAUAAGCUGCUGAAUCAGUGUAUCGAGGAGACGUACACCGCAGAGAUAACAGAGCGAAAACAGGCACAUAAAGAUACUACAAAAAGUUAUACAGAUACAUGUUCUAAAAAAUACAAAGAAGAUGAAUUAUUGUUUGAGAAUGUUCAAACUUGCAGAAAUGAUAUCAAACAUCAGAAUCAUCUUGUUAAAGAGAAAAUGAAUGAGAUGUCACGAAUUCUCUUGGACAUGCAGGAUAAGGAAAAACAAAAAGAUGACCUGAUCGCAAGCAUUCAUGAGCUUAGAGAGGAGCAGGCCAGAAAGAAGGAUUUGAUGAUUGCUCAAAACAAGGCAAACAAAGACAGAUUGAAGAUGCUUCAGAAGUCUGCAGAAACAUUUGAAAGCAGACUAAGGCUGGAAAUACGUAAACCACAAGCUGAACAACUGCAGUUUGUAUUCAGAAACAUCAACCAUAAAGAUCUUGAGUGUCCAUAUACUUUCACCCUAUGGCUAAAUGCAGAAGGCGAAUAUACAGUAAUCUCGUGUGGUCCACCGUUGGAGUGCAUGCCACAGCUUGAGAAAAAAGUACGAGAAACUAACAAUUUUUCUGCAUUUCUUGCCAACGUCAGAAAAGAAUUUGCUGCUUUAAAUUGGUAAACCUUUCUUACCAGCAGUGGUAAGCUUGAUAGAGCUUCAUCCGAGAACCCUGUAAGAUUUGUCGUCAGUUUGAUUAAUGUUAACUCCAGAGAGAGUGACAAAGUACAGCAGCUACAGGGCAGAUGUCAUUUACAAUUCAGGCUCCUUGUCCUCUUCAGUAUGAAGUCUUAAAUAUGUGGAAGUAGUUUUUUACAAAGAUGUUUGCUAUUGUUAAGAGUUGUCUCUUUUAAAUAUUGUAAUGACGAAGGCUGUAAUUAAACACUUUAACCACGUGUCAUUUAUU